AUGCUUUCCGGCAUCCUCAUAUUCAAUCAGAAGGGUGAGAACCUCAUCUUUCGCGCAUUUCGGAACGACUGCCGCCCUCGUCUCGCCGAUGUAUUUCGAAUCCAAGUCAUAUCCAAUCCUCAAGUCCGCUCGCCUAUCCUUACUCUUGGAAGCACCACCUUCAGCCACGUUAAGCAUGAAAACAUCUAUUUAGUUGCUAUCACCAAGAGCAAUGCCAAUGCUGCUCUGGUGUUCGAGUUCCUCUACCGGCUGAUCCAGCUUGGUAGAGGCUACUUUGGCAAGUUCGACGAGGAGGCCGUCAAGAACAAUUUCGUACUUGUUUACGAGCUGCUAGACGAGAUCAUCGACUUCGGAUACCCUCAAAACACCGAGACAGACACCUUAAAGAUGUACAUCACCACCGAAGGUGUCAAGUCGGAACGCGCACCCGAAGAUUCCGCCAAGAUUACCAUGCAAGCAACUGGCGCCCUAUCGUGGAGGAAGGCCGAUGUUAAGUACAGAAAGAAUGAGGCUUUCGUCGACGUGAUAGAGGAUGUCAAUCUUCUGAUGUCAGCAACAGGCACUGUCCUUCGUGCCGAUGUUACCGGCCAGAUUAUCAUGCGCGCCUAUCUCUCGGGAACCCCUGAGUGCAAGUUCGGACUCAACGACCGUCUCCUAUUAGACCACGACGGCCUCCAAUCGCUACCGAGCGGCAACAAACUUGGAACCAAAGCCACAAAAGCAGCCGCUGGAAGUGUUACCCUAGAAGAUUGCCAAUUCCAUCAAUGCGUAAAGCUAGGAAAGUUUGACGCCGACCGAAUUAUCUCCUUCAUCCCUCCCGAUGGAGAGUUCGAGCUUAUGCGAUAUCGAGCGACCGAGAACGUCAAUCUACCCUUCAAGGUGCACGCCAUCGUUAAUGAAGUUGGCAAGACCAAAGUAGAGUAUAGCAUUGGCGUUAAGGCGAAUUUUGGAAGCAAGCUAUUUGCUACCAACGUCGUUGUUCGUAUUCCGACUCCGUUAAACACGGCUCGCAUCACCGAGCGUUGCACUCAGGGGAAAGCUAAGUACGAGCCGAGCGAAAAUAACAUCGUCUGGAAGAUAGGCCGUUUUACCGGUCAGAGUGAAUUUGUCUUAAGUGCCGAGGCGGAGCUCACGAGCAUGACGAACCAGAAGGCCUGGUCGCGUCCGCCUCUCAGCCUAAACUUCAGUCUUCUGAUGUUCACUAGCUCGGGUCUCUUGGUGCGAUACUUGAAGGUGUUUGAGAAGAGCAACUACUCAAGUGUGAAAUGGGUCAGAUACAUGACAAGAGCAGGGUCCUACGAAAUCCGGUAA